GUGCAUAAAGAAACGUAACACAGAGUUACAAACUCAGAAGGCUGAAGUCACAGGACAAUCUAAAGUGAGCUGGUGGAAGAGGGACCGUGAUGGGCAGCAUGUGACCACCAGCAAACGGAGGAAAAAAAGUUAAUCUGCUGGCCGUUAUAAUCUUCACGUUCCGGUGCUAACAUGCAAACAUUGCAAUAAGCAAUGGGCUCCAGAAGUCAGUGACUUUGUAAGGAGUGGUUACUGGACCGCUACCAUGCAAGCACAGACACUUUUCCACCAAGAUCUGUUCCAUUCCUUUGAAGCUAUGAAGACAACAGCUCCAGGAAUGUCAGUGAAAGCCUUCACAGCAAUGUUGGACCAGAGAACAAAGUGGUUUGGAAGAACUGGCAAAGUGAAUGCAGAUGCUUUUCAGAGGAGCUUUCUGCAAUAUGUGUACUGCAACUCUGAAGAGGACCAACUUCUGGAAAAGGAGCCAUUAGUCUGUCCAGCCUGUAGUCCUGAAACGGUGGCUGUUUCAGUGGAUGGCAACAGAAAACUCUACAGGUUCCAGAAAGCAAACCAGAGUGAAGAGCCAGGGUUUUUUGAUGGAGUGUUUUUAUCCCAAGACUCUGAGGUGUCCAGUUUUGUUGAGGAAGUCCGGGGGGCUGUCAAGAGUACGGCAGGAAGAGCAAUGUGUGGGGAAUCCCAAUGGACAGCAGCAAGAGAGACAUCAAAGCAGGCCAACAAGUUGAACGAAGAAGGUGUAGAAAUUGCUGUGUGCAGGCAUGGAUUCCUCCUCAAAGAGUUCCAGGAUGCUGCAUUUUUGGCCAUGGAUGUGACCUGCCGUUAUGUGCCAUACCUGGAGAAGGUGUCAGAGGUCCUGACUCAUCUUCAGCCUCUUCAGAAAAUCAGACAUUGCUUGUCCGUGAUGCAUGCCAAAGCCCACAAUACAAAAUGCAAGAUUCUGUGGAAUGCAAGGAACCAAGAAGGUGCCGGAACCACUCUUGGUGAAGAAGUAGAGCAAGUCGAUAGUUUUCUCUCCAGAUGUGCCCUGACCACAAAGUAUAUGUCCAAGUCAGUAAGAACUGAUAUGCUUACUGUCCAUGCUAUUGGGUGGAAUCAACGUAAAGAGAAUGGCCUCCACAUUGCCUUGUCUUCCAGAUUCAAAAAGACAGUAGAAAACAGCUUAGAUGCAACAGAGAGCCUGAAGAAGAUGCAGGACCAGUUGCAUUGCAGUGAUGACAUGCUAAAGCAGUGGGUUGUUGAUGUCAAGCAGUGGGCCAGUAGCGGAAAUGCAGCAGCCAGUUCUGUUGAUGCUCGUGGUUUGCAGAUCUCCAUCGAAGCACUCUUCGUGAGCAUUUGUCAGAAGAAGCACUACCUUUAUAGACAGAAUGAUCGCAACAAAAGGCAUCAAAAGAUUACUCAGAAGAUUGCCAAAGAAAAGAAGAGCUUGCUAGACGAGAUCCAGAGAUACAACCAACAACCUGAUGGUGAUCCUGUGGACACACACUCAGUUGUACAGAAACUCUCCAACAAAGCUGCAGAGAGCAUGAUAUGGCCUUGGCAGGAACAGAACACAGACGGUGUAGACAUUCUCGCCAAGAAGAAGCUUUUUGACCAACUAAUGCUGGUCUUACGACUGACAGAAGAAAAGCAGAUCCUUGUGAAGGAGAUGAUGCAGCGCUGUCAGUACCUUAAGGACUCCGUUGCAAAGGUCCAGACACUGUUAGCCACCAUUUCAGAUUGCAUAAAAACAGGAAGUAAGUGCUAUCCCAAUGGAUUCACAGAGGAGGCGUCCAAGGGCCUCAUCAGUCUACUUAAGAGAAGACUGCAUUACCUCAGACUCAAGCAGCAGACUGCAGCAUGCACAUACAGAGGCAUUCUUCAACCAACUCCUCAGCUGGUGGAAGAUGAAGGGGAAAUGGAGGAAAUGGACUGGCAACGUGACCUCAGCUCUGAGGAUGAGGAUGAUGAUGAAGAUGAUGCUGAGGUGGGGACUCAAGUCACAGUUGUAAUCCCUUUUGAUUUGACUUGUACUUUGACUUGAAAAGGUUUCUAAAAUCUUGACAAAAGAUUCCUGCAGUUAUCCGUAUUUUGCUAUUUAUAUAUAUUAUUUUUUAGUAUUAUUAUUAUUAUUAUUUUUUUUAUGUUGCUGGAUUUGUAAUAACCAUGGUUAUGUUUGCAACUGAUAAUGUCUGUAAAUAUUUGCUGGUACCUGUAUAUGUUUAUGGAAAUAGAAAUACAAAUUUGAUUUGUCAUCAAACUAUUGAGUUGACUUUGGCUCAUCACACAUCAACCCUUACAAAAAGAGAGAACUGGGAGCUUUCAGAUACAACCUGAACUAACCACAUUUUGAACAUUAGAGGUCACAGUCACACCAGGUCACAUAUUAAGAUAGAUGUAUGAAACUUACUACACUGAGAGCUACUGGCCAUGUAAUAUACUUCAAUACUGACUCUGUAAAACAUUGUAGUUAUUGUCUAAAUAUAUAUCAACCAUCUAGUAAAGCACAUGUUAUACAGAUGAUCGGUUAGCAGGGUUGGGCCAGAUUGCUUUGAAUACAAAACAACAGAGCAGUAUUAAUAAUCAGUUAUGCAAUUUACCUUUUAGCAACAACCCAAAUUGGAAUAUCAUUUUAAGAAGCUCAGUGAUCUGAGGCCAUGCAAAGUAAAUGUUAUGACCAUAUCCAUCUGAUAAUCAACUCAUCCCAUGGUAGGAACAAGACACAUGUCAGAUGUGGAGACUGUUCAUAACAGUGUCAUCUUCAGAGAUACAUGUAGGAAACUUUUUAAACAGGGAUAUUGAGGCUACUACAUUAUAUAUUCCAGACCAUGUAGGACCAUUCAGGUGGUUUGGAGGAGCUAAAGCAUGCCAGAAGGAGCAUAUAAAAUCCCAAUAUAUGCCCGUGUCAAUGGUACUUUCUCAUCCUAACUUUUCUGGAAAUGGGGUUUGUAGUUUCUCACAGUGACAGGUGUUGGGAGGAAAAUUAAAAUAGAAAACUAUUUGCCCUUUGUUGUAGAGAUCAAAAAAAUAUUUAAAUAAAAUACAGAGGAGGCAACAGGGCCAACGGUAUGUGUAACGCACUCUUGUUUUUAAAUACCAAUAAUAAUUUUACAAGUACAAGAGGAGACGACUACCCAUCAUAGACCAUAGUCUUUUAGUUUACCAUCAUAGCAGCAUUAGCAUAAAUAGAUAUUCAUGUAAGCAGUGUGUGUGUGUGUGUGUGUGUGUGUGUGUGUGCGUGCGUGCGUGAGAGAGAGAUUGUGUGUGUAAGUCUGAGAG